GAUACCGCCAUGUUACACAAACCGAAAAUCCGAAAUCGGAUAAAGGCAACAGCCCUUAGACAUUCACUACGGUGGGCCACAAAUGACAAAACAUAUUAAUUAACUCGCCGUCUCCUUCCCAAAUCCCUCUCAUAAAAUUCAUUUAAUUUCCAAAUCUGUUCGAAACACAUAAAUUUACCUUUAAGUAAUCGAAUCCUAAAAGUAAAAAAUCUCUGCAAUUUGGUUCUUCGAAAUGAAGGAUGAUGACAACCUUCCUGCAACAACCAUAAAUGUAAAGAAAGAAAGCUCAGAUUUGAGUCUUUUGGGCAAAGGUCGUUACAAGGUUUGGGCACUAGCGGCCAUUUUAUUGCUGGCUUUAUGGUCAAUGUUCACCGGCACCGUUACUCUCCGUUGGUCAGCGGGCAAUCUCAACCGUUUUAUCGAUGAUCUUGACAGCCCUAUCCACGACGAUCUCGACGUCCUCGAGAUGGAAGAGAGAGAGAAAGUGGUGAAGCACAUGUGGGAUGUGUACACCAAUAACCGUCGGAUCAGAUUACCGAGAUUUUGGCAAGAGGCGUUCGUGGCUGCGUACGAGGAGUUGAGCAGUGACGUGGCGGAGGUUAGAGAGGCUGCCAUUAACGAGAUCGCUAAGAUGUCUAUUCGUUCUAUUGAUAUUGAUCCGGCUCCAUUCCACUCAACGGCGGCUAGACAAUUAAGUACCAGUCUGAGGCAAAUUGGGAGAGAAAGGGAAACUGUAACUUCAACCGGAAAGGUUCAAUGAUGUGAAGAGUGCUGAAGAUCCAAGAAUAGUCAUCAUCACUUUCCUCCAGGGCUGCACAGAGUUUACAGAGAACAGUGUUUGAACAAAAAAAAAAA